GGGAUAAGAAAUAUAUUGUUAAUGGGUGUCUUGCCGUCAAUUGAUCCUUCUUUUGCCUCAGACCUGUUUGAGAUUCCAUCGACUGGAACUUUGGAGGAGCUUCCGAAAACGCGUUUGAUUGUUAUGUUAGAAUCAUUACGGAUUGUCGGUGUGGAGCUGGUGCAUAGGAAUGCAUUGUUGGAGGUGCAAAGUGCGAUGAAGUUUCCGAAUACCCUUGAUGAUGCUGAGAAAAUGGUUGUGGAGGGGGAUGCUGACAAUUGUCGUGUUGAUGGGGAUGGUUCUCGAAGAGGGUGGUGGAACGAGUAUGCCACGCUUAGCUUCUGUCUCCUCGAGGUGGUGUUCCAUUGGGCGGAGCCCACCGACAAGGACGAGGAGGACGAAAUUCCUGAUGACAAGGUGGAGACCUGGAUAAUAGACACGGCGGGAGAACUGUUGGGGCUUCUAUUCGGGAAGGUUAGGGCCGACCAUAUGGAGCCAAUCACGAACGAGGUCAUGGUGUUCCUGGCGCAGCUCCUGGACGAUCUGCCCCUGGAUAUCAUUUCGCGCUGCGACGAGCGGCCCGCGGUAGCGACGCUUACCCAUACAUUUGUACCGCAUUUACUGUGGUCCACGUGUACGGAGCUUGAUGGUGACAAUUGCUACUGCCCCUCCUCAGGCCAUUACCUGGCAAUCGAAGUGACCGACCUCACAUUAUGGGAUCCGAUCAUCCGAAGAGUGGAGGUGGAAGGGGUAGCUGACGACGCGGAGGAAGAAAGAGAAGAGGAAAGCGAAGAGGAAGAAAAAGAAGACUCUGAGGUGGAAACCGACGAUACCGAUCACCAUGAGUCAGAGGAGAGUGAGUUGGGAGGGAGUGGGUCGGGCAAAUCAGAUAGCCCCAGCGAGACGAGCAAGGAAGAGGACGAGGUGGCUAUGUAUCACCCGCGGUCGUGACCGCGGGCCAUUUGACCGCACGCGGUCAGCAUCCCGAC